UAAAUAUAACAGCGAUUGGUUAUGUUCAUAUAAUGACGAAUCUACAGACGGUAAGUCUAAAGUAGAUUAAUCAAUUGGAAAAUUUUCCGUGCAGUAGCGCUUCCAACGCCAGGUCUCGUAGAAAUAUAAUGUGGUUUGAAUCAGCUGUGCGGCUUUAGAAUGUAAACUGUUUAGUUUAAUGUUGUUUGUAUUGUAAAUAAAUAUUUUAUUUGAUUUUUUAAAUGGAAGGCGAGAGUGAUAUUUGGGACGAGCUUUCGAAUAUUUCUGCUGACCCACCUCAGAUGCGAGAUAAGUGUAUUCAAUGCAAAAGACCAAAAGGAGUUUGUUGGUGUCCUGGUUUACCAAAGACACCGUUGCAUCCAUCUUCAAGAAUUAUUAUUCUUCAACAUCCGGCAGAAGUUAAACGAUGCUUGCGAACUGCUCCAAUGUUAACGUUAUCUCUGGCUUCUGGCAAAUGCCUUACAUUUCGUGGUAAAAAGUUUCCGUCAUCGAAACAUGAUGGCCUAGCUGAAAUUCUAAAUGAUCCAAAUACUAUUUUAUUAUAUCCAUCCUCUAAAGCAAUACCGUUAAAUGAAUUAAAUAUUGUAGGAAUAAAUGGUCAGAAUCCUUAUAAUUUAGUUCUGCUGGAUGGAACUUGGCCUCAAGCUAAGGCAAUAUAUACCUCGAGUUCAGUUUUAAGUAAACUUCGAUCUUGCAAACUUGUUAAUGUCCCAAUUAGUGAAUAUGUUAUAAGAACGCAACCUACGGAAGGUUGCCUCUCGACCCUUGAGAGUGGUGCACUUGCGCUUUCGAUUUUAGAAGAUAAACCUUGGCUAAAAGAUGAAAUGCUUGGGCCGCUACAUUACUUAUGCAAAUAUCAAUUAGAAAAUGGUGCGGUAACCCAUCAGAGUAAAGAAUUUUUAAUAAAACAAAAAAGUUACCCAAAAUUAAUUGGAAGAAGACUUGCUAAACAAUUAAGGACACUGCCUGAUAAUUCUUUUUAGCGAACGUGUUAUAAGAAAAUAUGAUCUUUUUAAUACUUAAAAAUUUUAUUUUAAGACUUAAAUAUUAAGAAAUAUAUUUUUUAAAUAAAAUAAUAAAAAACAAUGAUAUUGUCUAGUACCAAUGUGACAGGAUUUAACAUGGGUAAUAAACUGACGAUUAAAUUUU